UGGCGAUUCAGUUCUGAUCCAGCAUCUGCAGCAGAAGCAGCUGAAGCUGGACGAGUGUUCUACCUCAAGUUGAAACGACUAUCAGAGAAAUCGAGUCGACAAUGAGAGUCCUCGCAGGCACGUUGCUCAUCGCCAUGGCUGGUAUCGCCCUCGGCGACCAGAUCGGAGGGCAGGAAGGACAGGAAGCAGAAGUAGCCGCGCCGAUCGGUAGGAUCCGCGGUAGAUUUAUGGAAUCUCGUUUGGGAAGGCGAUUUUUCGCGGCUCGUGGUGUCCGAUACGGUGAGGCCCCGAUUGGCGAACAUCGAUUCAAGCAAGCCGUCCCGGCAAAACCUUGGACGACUGUUUUCGACGCCACCGAAGAAGGACCAGCAUGCUUCCAACCCGGAGCAUCUUUACCGUCAGAAGAUUGCCUUCGACUGAAUGUCUAUACCCCUAAGCUACCGACCGCUCAGAACUCCGAUGCGAAGAAACCGGUCCUGGUCUUCUUUCACGCUGGAGGAUUCUACGUAGGUUCCGCCCAAAGCGACCUUUACGGACCGGAGCACCUUAUGGACCAGGACAUUGUCCUGGUCACCGUCAACUACCGACUGAUGUCUCUAGGGUUCAUAAGCACCGGAGACGCGGAAGCCCCAGGAAACUUGGGCCUCAAGGACCAAGUUGAAGCGCUUCGAUGGGUAAAAAAAAAUAUCGAGUCGUUCGGCGGUGAUUCGGGCAACGUGGUGAUAGCCGGAUACAGUGCUGGAGCCUGGAGUGUUUCUCUGCAUCUGGUCUCCCCGAUGACCAAAGGCCUUUUCCAUCGAGCUAUCGCGAUGAGCGGGUCGGCAGCCGGCCAGAAACCACUUGGCAGACAUCAGAAAGAUCUAGCUGAAAAACAGGCUCGCUUGCUGGGCUGUCCGACGAACACUUCGCGAGCCAUAAUGGCCUGUCUGAGGACUAAAUCGGCUCAAGAGUUUGUGGACUCUUUCCAGAAGAUGUUUGAAUGGCGAUACAAUCCUGUUCUUCUCUGGAGCCCAGUCGUCGAACCCCACGUUCCGGGCGUCGAACGCUACCUGACUGAUGAACCAGUGAAACUGAUCCUUCAGGGAAAGUUUCACCAAGUUCCUCUGAUCACCGGUAUCACCAAGGACGAAUUCGGGGGAAAUGUUGUCUACUGGGUUGAGACUGAGAGAAAGGGAAAUGAAUCACUAUUCACCGAGCUCAACGAUAACUGGGAAACUCUGGCUCCGAUCAUCUUCCAGUACGAACGGACUACGUCUCGCUCCAAAGACAUCAGCAGGGACUUCAAAUCGUUCUACUUCAAGGACCAGCCGGUGUCAUUGGAAACGGUGGACGGUGUUGCCCAGCUCUAUGCCGAUGGGCUGAUCGGGUUCUCCGUUCAUCUAUUGGCCAAGUUGAUCGCCGCGGUUUCUACACAACCGGUCUAUUACUACGAGUUCACGUACCAAGGUCGCUACAGUCAUCAUGUCUGGUCUGAUACGAAAAAACCAUACGGUGUUGUUCACCACGACGAUCUGCUGUACUUGUUCAAUGUGAAAAGAUUCUUCCCCUACUUCAAUACCGACGACCCUGAGUACUCGAUGGUAAGACGGCUGACCUCGAUGUGGACAUCUUUUGCUAAAUGCGGAAAUCCGAUUCCAAGAGAUGUUGGGGGAUUUGAAAAUGUUACCUGGGACGCGUUCACACCGCAAAACAAAAAGUACUUGAAUAUUGGAGAUAAUCUCACAAUGAGCACCGAUUUGUACGCCGCGCGCAUGAAUGAGUGGGAAAAACUUUUCCCAUUGCCGUCCGUGAAUAAGCCCGGAAAGAACGUCAAGCAUUGAGCAAUGAUUUUAUUAAACCCCUUGCGAUUUUACACCGUGAAUCGGUAAUUGUUCUAAUUGGAAUCUGUAUCUGGAAUUGUAUGAAAUCCAAGGCGUAUUAUUUAGACGGUGAAAAUCAGCCGCUUUUUGAAUGAUUUUAUUUUUUUAACAA